AUGAUUAUGAGGAAAAGGAAGAAUGACGCUGAAACAUAUCCAGCAAAAGUGAUGCUGGUACGUGCUUUCCAACAUGCCUUCAGCACUAAUGACUGCUCCAGGAAUGUCUAUAUCAAGAAGAAUGGCUUUACUUUACAUCGAAACCCCAUUGCUCAGAGCACUGAUGGUGCAAGGACCAAGAUUGGUUUUAGUGAGGGCCGCCAUGCGUGGGAAGUAUGGUGGGAGGGCCCUCUGGGCACUGUGGCAGUAAUUGGAAUUGCUACAAAACGGGCCCCCAUGCAGUGCCAAGGUUAUGUGGCAUUGCUGGGCAGUGAUGACCAGAGCUGGGGCUGGAAUCUAGUGGACAAUAAUCUGCUGCAUAAUGGAGAAGUCAAUGGCAGUUUUCCACAGUGUAAUAAUGCACCAAAAUACCAGAUAGGAGAAAGAAUCCGAGUCAUCUUGGACAUGGAAGAUAAGACUUUAGCAUUUGAACGUGGAUAUGAAUUCCUGGGGGUGGCCUUCAGAGGACUUCCAAAAGCCUGCUUAUAUCCAGCAGUUUCUGCUGUAUAUGGCAACACAGAAGUGACUUUGGUUUACCUUGGAAAACCUUUGGAUGGAUGACAGUGGCUUUUUUGGGUUGAAAGACAGAGUAGAGGAGACCUAUUUGUGGAAAGUAGAAUCAUGAAGUGACAGUCAUGUGUGCAUGUCCAAGAAACAUCCUGAAAACACAUGAAGUUGUAAACUGGAGAAGCAACUCUACAGCAGAGAUUAUCUUAGUGUUUCCUCUUUCCACUGGGCCAGAAUAAUCCUCAGGGUUGCAGUUGGUUGAGUGGGCAGUUAACAUAUGCAUGAUACAACAGAUUUAUCUCUUAAGUUGUCAAUGUGUUCUUUCCAGCGUUAAAGGUGAGAUGUUAGAGGUGCUGUAAAAGGGAUAAGAUAAGGAAAAACAAGAUUUUUAAGUAGUUUGUUUGUGAAGAAAGAUUGAUUCCAUCUUACAACUGCCUGUUCUUUCUCCAGUCUCCAGUCCUUUUUUUUCCCCCCAGCCAGCUUGACUAUUAGAUAAGUAUGAAACUGGUUGGGGUUUAUUUAAUAUUUUUAAUAUAUUGAGAAGCAUGGUCUGCCUGGACUGCACUUCUCUAGCAAUGAGAAAUAAAAUUGUGCAGGUAUUUUAAAAGUUGUAUAUACAAUAUGUGUGUAAAAAAAAAAGGACAAAGGGUUGCUUUGUUCUAGUUAAAUUUCUUAAACAGACCACUACAUGGUACAAAAUUAGAAUAAUAUUCGGGGGAAAUUGGGUAACCAUAAAGAAGAGGACUUUAAGAGGACAUGUGUUGUGUUGGCUCAUUUUGUGUUAUUUUUGGUUUACAGUUCCUAUAGCUAUUACAGUUGUCUUUAAAAAAA